CAGCAUCUAUUUAAUAGUUACUGACUCAGGAUCAGUGCAGUCAGCCAUGGGUCGUUCAGGGAACCAGAUGUGGACAUGUACCUUGUGGGUCUUCUUAUGUGGGAUGUUUGUUGGUCCAACAGUGGCCAGCCCACAUUACAUGGUGACCAUUCCUGCUAUUCUUGAAGCUGGAACUGAGACCAAAUUCUGUGCAAGUCUCAUGGAUCCCAAUGAGACUCUGACCAUGACUGUCUCUAUGAGGUCUGACCAAAACCAUUCAGUCCUUUAUGAGAGGACCUCCAGGGAGGAGUUUCUCGAAUGCAUCCAGUUUCAGGUCCCUUUACUGGAAAAUGAAAAGGUGGUCAUGCUUGAAGUGGAGGUACGAGGAAACACGUUUAACUCUAAAGAAGUCAGAAAAGUCAUGAUCAAAGUCUACCAACCAGUACACCUGAUCCAAACGGACAAACCCAUCUACCUCCCUGGACAGACAGUUCAGUUCAGAGUGGUUUCAAUGGAUACAAAGUUAAGACCAAUUGAUCAGCUGUACAACAUUAUCGAAAUUGAGGAUUCCUACAGGAACAGGAUUGGACAAUGGAUCAAUCAAACAUCUAACAGCAAAAUCCUGCAGCUCUUCUACCCCCUAAACUCUGAGGCCCGCGAAGGAAGCUACACAAUCUCUGUGACAGCGGGUGGAGAUAAGCACUCUCACACCUUCAAAGUGGAGAAGUAUGUUUUGCCUAAAUUCGAUAUCACCACAACUGUGAAGGAAGAAGUCAGCAUCGGACAGGAAGAAUUUGAAACUAAAGUAUGUUUGAGGUACACAUACGGACAGCCUGUUCCAGGAAGCGUUACAGUCAAGGUCUGUCGACCUUUUCCAAGGCGUCAUUAUGAUUACUCAGGGCUUUCCGGAACUCUUGAAGACGUACAAAUAUUUCCUCCAUGUGAGACAAUCCACAAGCAGACAGACAAACAUGGCUGUGCUAUCGCUGAAUUUAAAAUGUCAAGUUUCACCAAACUAGACCAAAAGAUAUUGCAGGACAAACUUGAAGUUCAUGUCACUGCUGAGGAGGAGGGAACAGGUGUUUCACAAUCGCAAAUGAAGAAAAUAAGCAUUUCCUACAUUAUUGGCAAGCUGGCAUUUGUUGACCCCCCCAGGAUUUAUGACAAAGGCUCAAACCUGGAGGGAAAAGUCAAGGCUGUACACUACAACGAUACGCCCAUUCCUCACAUGCCGCUAUAUUUGUUUGGGGGGAGUAGAUGGUCUGCAAGUUUACUUCAGAACCUCACGACUGACAGCAACGGUUUCGCCACAUUCUCUGUCAGCACAGACGCUUUUGAUGGAGAUACUAGGCUGACUAUAAACGUCUCACCAGAACUGCAGUACCCAGAGUAUAGAACAGCUAACAUUCCCUGGCAAGAACACACCUUUCUUCAGUCCCUACCUCCUUCUGCUGACACCAAAUCAAGCAGCGUCUUGAAGAUAAAGAGCGUUGCCUCCGCCCUUCCAUGUGAUAAAGAAGUGGACAUCUCCAUUGAUUACACUUUUGUGCAAGAACCACAGGGAUCUGUAGAUAUCUUUCAUCUGGUCUUAUACGGAGGAACUAUUGGCAGUGGAGGACAAAAACAAGUUCAAAUUGAAGAUAAACCAGUGAAUGAGGGUCAGGUGUCCUUCAGCCUGAACAUUUCUCCAGACAUGGCUCCACUGAUCCAGGUUGUGGCUUACGCUGUCCUCCCCAGUGAGAAUGUGAUUGCUGCCAGUGCUGAGUUCUCCACAGAAAAAUGCUUUAGUAAUAAGGUGUCGUUGGAGUUGUCUCCAUCUCCAGCUGUUCCUGGAGAGGAGAUCAAAUUGCGACUAAUGGCUCAGCCUGACUCCCUGUGUGGUAUCAGUGCCGUCGAUCAGAGUGUCCUCAUCAAGGAACCCGGGAAGACUCUGGAUAAAGAAAAGAUCUUUGACAUGCUGCCUGUUAAAAAAAUAUCAUAUAUACCAUACCAAGUCCAAGAUUCUACAGAAUGCUUGCAAGUGAGACCAAAGAGAUAUGUUUUACCACAUCCAAGGCAAGAAGAGGAAGCCUUUUCUGCUUUCCAGAAUGUAGGACUGAAAACAGCAACAAAUCUAAUGAUAAGAUGGCCCACUUGUGUCACACUUAAGGGAAGAACUUAUCAUCAUGAGUAUGCUGUUGCAGUGAUGGAACGCAAUUUAAUGACUCCACAAGUUGCUUAUAGUUUAGCAGACGCUGAUAUGGUACCUGAUGCAAUAGAAACAGUUCGUACUUUCUUCCCUGAGACCUGGAUAUGGGACCUUAUGGAGACCGGACCUUCUGGGACGAAGGACGUGUCCUUCACUGUCCCAGACACCAUCACCACCUGGGAGACAGAGACUUUCUGUUUGUCCUCUCAGGGUUUUGGUUUGGCUCCUCGUCAGAAUCUCACCGUCUUCCAGCCUUUCUUCCUGGAGCUCACCCUGCCCUACUCUAUAAUCCGAGGGGAGAACUUUGAGCUGAAGGCAACCGUCUUUAACUACCUGACCAAGUGCAUUAUGGUGACAGUGAAAGCAGAGAAAUCCUCAGAUUACACCCUCACACCCCUCUCUGGGGACCAGUACACAUCCUGCCUUUGCGCCAACGAGCAGAAGACCCUCAGCUGGACCAUGACAGCUACAGCUUUAGGGGUUGUAAAUGUGACCGUGUCUGCUGAGGCCAUUCCAUCUCAGGCUUCUUGUGACAAUGAGAUUGUGAGCAUCCCAGACAGAGGCCGCAUCGAUGUUGUCACCCGUCCUCUAAUUGUCAAGGCUGAAGGAGUUGAAGUAGUAAAGACACACAACUGGCUGCUCUGCCCCAAAGGUGAAGCUCUGACUGAGGAAACGGAGCUACAGCUGCCUCAGAACGUGAUUGAGGGAUCUGGCCGUACCUCAGUAUCUGUCCUCGGUGACAUUCUUGGCCGCGCCCUACAGAACUUGGAUGGUCUGCUGCAGUUGCCGUAUGGAUGUGGGGAACAGAACAUGGCACUGCUGGCUCCUAACAUCUACAUCCUGGAAUAUCUACAACGUUCUCAACAGCUGACCUCAGCCAUUAAGGAGAAGGCAUCCAACUUCUUAACCAGCGGUUACCAGAGACAGCUGAAUUACAAAGACUUUGAAGGUGCAUACAGCACAUUUGGAUCAGGACCAGGAAACACCUGGCUGACAGCUUUUGUUCUGAGAUCUUUCUCCAAAGCUCAGUCUUUCGUCUACAUCGACCCAGAAAUACUAGAGCAAUCAAAGACUUGGCUGAUCAAAAAGCAACGUAGCAACGGCUGCUUUGAGCAGUCAGGAAAGCUCUUCAACAACAGAAUGAAGGGUGGAGUAUCCGAUGAAGUGACACUAAGUGCUUACAUAACUUCUGCCUUUCUAGAGAUGAAAAUGUCCUCUGAUGACGCUGUGGUGAACCAAAGCCUGUCGUGCCUCAGAGAGUCCGUCAAUGAUUUCAGCAACAUCUACACUACAGCUCUGCUGGCGUACGUCUUCACUCUGGCAGGAGACAUGGAGACCAGAGCUCACCUCCUGCAGCACCUCGACUCAGUGGCCGCUAAAGAUGGUGGUUUCACCCACUGGUCUCAGACAGCAGCAGAAACAUCUGCCUCUCUGUCUGUGGAGAUAAGCUCCUAUGUGCUGCUGGCUAAACUCUCUGCCUCCCACACUACCGAGGAUCUGGGUUAUGCUGCAGGGAUUGUUCGGUGGCUGACGACCCAGCAGAACUAUUAUGGAGGAUUCUCCUCCACUCAGGACACGGUGGUGGCUCUACAGGCUCUGGCCCUGUACUCCGGUCUGGUGUUCAGCCCUCAAGGUUCCAGCACAGUGACAGUUCAUUCUCCCAGUGAUCAGCUGGUGUUCAAUGUGAACCCAGACAACAAGCUGCUUUACCAGGAGAAGAUUCUGCAGGAUGUGGCAGGAAAGUACAGCCUGGAGGUGAAGGGAACUGCAUGUGCCACAGUGCAGAUUUCUCAGCACUACAACAUCCCACCCCCUCCUGAUGCCACCACGAUGAGUGUGGAGGUUUUACCAGAGUAUGACUCCUCUCACAGACCUCCCAGAGUCAACCUGAAGCUUCUGUCUCGGUACAGCGGUAGUGAGAACUUCACCAACAUGGUGAUCCUGGAUAUCUCCUUGCUCUCAGGAUUUGAACCCGACCCAGUGUCUUUGACCAAUCUUGAAGGAGCUCUGCUGGUGGAUCGUGUUGAACACCAGAACAGCCAUGUUGUGGUGUACUUGAAGGAGCUUAUGAAGGACGUACCAAUCCACCACAACCUGGUGCUCCUACAGCGGAUCCCUGUGCAGAACCUUAAACCAGCAGUGAUCGCCCUCUAUGACUACUACCAGCCCACUGACCGGGCUGAAAGGGACUACAUCGUAGCUAAUCAAGUUUGAGGACUGACUAAAACCCUGCGAACAUCAAUGAUUCCAGCACCAUGUUGAUUGAAGAGAAAUAUCUCCUUCAGCUUUUAAUGUGUUUUUGAUGCAGCAACAAUAAAUGUUUUGUUACUGUCUACUUUA